AGCACACACAAGUCACGCGUAUAUAUUAGCCGCACAUGACCAGCCUCCGAACCAACCUAUGGAAAACGCCACCUGUGUCCAACGCCACUGACCCACUCAUCAGACUUCCACUGAGACUCGCUCUAGUUUGGGGUCAGAGCAACCAAAAAUCUUCGAUACUAUUAACGUUUUUGCGUCUCUACUGCACUUUAAUUACAGACUUCCUUACUCUUCUUCUUUGACUGUCUUUUUCUUCAUGUUCAUCUCCGCGCCUUCUUCAUCAAUCUCCAUCAGUCCUUCACAUUGCUUCAAAUGUCAUGCUGAUGGAGUUGGUUGCUCAGCAUCAGUUGGAGUUACAAGCAGUUGGAUCAAACCAUCACAUGAGGUUCAGGGAUUCUCUGACCAUUCAGGUAUAAGUUUCAGGCCUGAGAAUCCUUUCCUCGGAGCUACACAAUUGCAUUGGCUGCCUGUAGGACAUGAGAUUAGCCUUUCAAGAAUUUCAGUUGCAGCAGACUACCCAGAUUCUGUUCCUGAUUCCUCUAACUAUGUCGGGAAUCAUGGCUAUCACCCUCUUGAAGGAAUACGAGACCACAGAAGAGUUCGUGAUACUGAACUCACAGCUGCUGAAACAGCAAGGACAACUGUUGAGGCUAAUAGCAAUGCUUUGUUGAUAUUCCCUGGCAUGGUUCAUUGUGAACCUCAUGAACGAGAGUCAUGGGCAGAAUUUCAGUACGUGAUUGAUGAAUAUGGAGACAUAUUCUUUGAAAUUUAUGAUGACAAGAAUAUCUUGCAAGAUCGUGAUGCAAGUAAUCCUGUGAAUGCAUUGAUUGGAAUGGAUUUCUCCCAAUAUGAGAAGAGGAGGGCAGAAUCUUUUGACUACAGCAAUUUCAUAGGUGAUUCUAUUGACGAUACUUACUUCUUGGACAAUUACUUAGAGGUUGAAAAUUCUGAGAUGUCUGACUUUCAAGUUGAUUGGGCAAUGCCAGAUAGUUAUAGCAAGUUGCACCCAGUGUAUUUUGCAAAGUGCUUGACUAAGGCUGUUGAAAUGGAACAUGCUAAGAUGAUGGAUCAUCCAUCAAAUGGCAUUUCAAUUUGGGGACACCUCAAGCCUGCCUUUCUGGAAGAAGAAUUUUAUGUUCGAAGGCUCUUCAGUGAUGAUGAAGUUGGGGACGGCUACAUCUCGGAUUGGAAAGAUGGAGAAACUUUGAGCUUCGGUUCAAGCUAUGACAAGAGCUGCAGUUUAUCGACUAUUUACAGAUUGGAAAUCCUCAAGAUCGAGUUAUUUUCUGUAUAUGGUGCUCAGAUCCAACACUGUGAAGAAAGGUGUUUGCAAGGAUUCGGAGGAACUGAGAUCUCUAAGGGAAAAAUAAAUGAGGGUGGAAAAAGGCCGAAAGUUUGGCUGGGGAGUAAGGUGUCACUUCUAAUUGAACUCCAGCCAACUAAUAUCAGAUCCCCAGUUAGCAGUAAAUUUGCAUGACUUCCAGGAUGCUGAGCCUGACAUUCUUGUACACUCAACUCCAGCAAUUGUAGAGUGGUUUAAGCAGCAAGGAAUUAAGUGCAAAUUUGCACUUAAAGCUCUUUGCAGAAAGAAAGGACUC